UUGUCAAUUAUAUCAUAAUCGUUCAUUUUCAAAUGUAUAUCAUGAUAAAUAUUUUUGGUCACAUCACCCUGCUCUAUGUCCAGGGUAUGAGGGGUCCAUGAUGAUGAUUCUGCCUUUCUGCUGAAGUCUGCCUGUAUAAAUGUCUCUGAGGGGAGUUAAUGAAAUGCCAACUGUCCACUCUGCCGCCCACACCACCUGCUGCAAGUUCCCCUUGUCCUCCAUAGUACAGCAGCUGGACCAGAGUUUACAGCAGACCAACAUGGAGCGAGAAGUCAGCGAUCUCAGGAGACCAACACACCUCACAGAAGAAAGGGAGAGAAAACAUACAGCUGUGAUGAGUGUGGGAUGACUUUCACUCGGAAGUAUUUUCUAGAAAGACAUGAAGUCAUCCACACGGGAGAGAGACCAUUCAGAUGUGACUUGUGUGGGAAUUCUUUUACCCAGCCUGGAAACUUAAAAGCACACCAGGUCAUUCACAGUGGAGUUAAAGCGUACAGCUGUGAUGAAUGUGGAAAGGGUUUCACCAGGAAAGAAGGCUUGGUAAGGCAUAAGCUCAUCCACAGAGGAGUUAAACCUUACAGCUGUGAUCAGUGUAGCAGAGCUUUUACUCAAAGUAGUAGCUUAAGGAAACAUCAGGUUUCCCACUCUGGUAUUAAGGCUUACAGCUGUGACAUCUGUGAAAAAACUUUCAGCCACAUAGAAAAUCGAAAUAAACACCAGCGUAUUCACACCGGACAGGAUGUUUAUUGCUGUGAACAGUGCGGCAAACUGUUUGUAAGAUACAAACAAUUACAAAUCCACAGGUUUACCCACACCGAGGAGAGACCUUAUAAAUGUGACCUGUGUGAAAAGACUUUUAAAGCACAGAGUUCUGUAAAAGUCCACCAACAGAUUCACACCAGACAGAAACUCUACAAGUGCAGUUACUGUGAGAAGCAGAGCAGCACAGAUGGAUCCAGUUCUCAACCCUGUCAUCACUGUGGUGGUGGGAAACCAUUUCGUUGUGACCUGUGUGGAAAAACUUUCAACUGGCAAACAAACCUAAUGAUGCACCAUCGGCGACAUACUGGACACAAAUUGCAUUAUUGCGAAGAAUGCGGGAAAGGCUUCCCCACACCAGAUAAACUAAAACGUCAUGAACUCAUCCACAGUGGGGUUAAAGAGCACCUCUGUGACCAGUGUGGGUCAUCCUUCACCACUGCAGAUCAGCUUAAAGUGCAUAAACGUGUCCACACAGGAGAGAAACCAUACAAGUGCCGACACUGUAACAAAAGGUUUUCCCGGUCAGAUAAACGUAACCGUCAUGAACGUACGCACGCCAACAAGAACUGCAGCAGGAAUCCCAGUUUGUAGUCCAAAUGUAGUCCACUCUGGAAAUAAACUGUUGCACCAAAAAGUUGAUUCUGUUCAUCUAGACGCAGCGUUUUCAGUAGAAGGCGCGUUUUAUCACUCAUCCGUCAUGUCCUCUUCAGUCUAGGAUGGCUGCAGGUUUCCCAAGCCUUAAAAAGGCAGUUGUGUAAUGACUAAUUAGCACCAGGACCUGACAGUAAGCUGUGGAAACAGUUUCAUGAUCAUUAAUAUGCAAAUUGUUAUGACAGUUGUUCAGUCUGUAGCAGCUGACUGGUGAACUGGCAUUUAUUUGCAUCAUAGCUGGAGUGGUUAGCUGGUUCCAGUUUGACUUGGGGACCACAACUUUGGCCUUAAACAUAAACUUUGAAUAAGGAGAGCUUCCUGUAUUUGAAUUUAUUUAGCACUCUUAGCUAAUUAUAGGCCAA